AUGGCACGAGCAACCAGGAGCUCCGCCAGGGCUGAUGCCGUGCAAGCGCCAUCCAUUGGCCAAGAACCAGUACAAUUGUCGAGUCCACCGACUACCCCAGAGGCGCGCAAUGGACGAAAGAGGAAAGCAGUCAAGGUCGAAGAGUCGCCAGACGCGACUUCCAAGAAAGCGCCCGUCACACCAAAGAGCACCAAACGCGCAAAGAAGUCGGCCGUGAAACAGGAGGAUAUCAACGAACUCCCACACAAUCUUGGUGCUAUUCCUUCCCUCCCAGUCAAGAGCGAGGAGGAAGAGAGUAAGCCCUCAGCCAAGAAGCCUAGGAGGUCUGCAAAGACAGCGAAACCGAAGAAAGAGGAAGUCGGGGACCUCGUUGCCAAAGCGACUACCACCACCGACGCGUCACCCAAGAAAAAGAGCAAGGCCAAGACAGGGGGCUAUGGCCUCACUCCAGGCCAGACACCAUAUCCAAACUACCCUCAUCCUACGGCCGAAGAAUGCGAAGAGGUGACGCGUCUCCUUUCCAAAGUCCACGGCAAGGUCGAAGCCCCCAAGACCAUUCCCGCGCCCUCUCUUGAAGUUUCCGGUUGUGGAGAAGUGCCAUCCGUCCUCGAUGCCCUCAUUCGAACACGUCUAUCGGCAGCGACGUCCGGCACCAACUCAUCUCGCGCAUUCGCUGGUCUCGUCGCGAAGUUCGGCAUCCUGAAAGAAGGCGUUGGCAAAGGCAGUGUAGAUUGGAACAAAGUACGACAAGCAGAUCAGAAGGAGAUCUUCGAGGCGAUCAAGAGCGGCGGACUCGCAGACGUGAAGAGCAAAGACAUCAAGAAGAUCCUGCAAAUGGUCUGGGAAGAGAACCAAGCGCGACGCGACGAGCUGUUGUCUUCAUCAGACAAAGCCCCUGGCUCCGCGAACGAGGCCGAAGGCGAGAAACACGCAGAGGUCGAGAAGGCAGAUCAGAACAUCGUCUCACUCGACCACCUGCACCUCCUCUCCAACGACGACGCCUUCAACGCACUAACAAAGUACCCCGGCAUCGGCCCCAAAACCGCAUCCUGCGUCCUCCUCUUCUGCCUCCAACGCCCCUCCUUCGCCGUAGACACCCACGUCUUCCGCCUGUGUAAAUGGCUAGGUUGGGUACCUCCCCCAGGCGAUCCCACAGGCCUUGCACCCGGCGCAAAAGGUACCUUCGCAGGCGCAAACCGGAACUCAACGUACGCGCACUGCGAAGUCAGAGUGCCGGAUCACCUCAAAUACCCGCUUCACCAAUUGCUCAUCAAACACGGAAAGAGCUGUCCGAGGUGUCGCGCGAUAACGGGAGAGAGCAGUGAAGGAUGGGAUGAGGGGUGUCCGAUUGAUCAUCUUGUACAGAGGACUGGUGGGAGGAAGGAGGGUGGUGGUAGUCCUGUUAAGGGAGGUAGCGCAAAGAAGGCCAAGGGCAAGAAGAAGGUUGUGGAUGAGUAUGAGAGUGAUGCAAUGAGUAGCGGACUGAGUGACGCGGAGAGCGAUGUGUUGAGUGAUGUGGUUAGCGAUGCGGAGGUGGAGGAGUCAGAGGCAGAAGCAUCAGCGUCCGAGUGA